AUGGCUCUAGGCCCUCUUGUUACUAGGGGCUUAGCAUACAUUGUUCGUUUCUGUCAACGCCGUUGCAAUAGCGACCAUCUUUCUUCGGAAUUUCCAAUGGGAGCUACAUUGCGACAUUUAUCGAGACAAGAUAGGCUGGGAAAGAGUACUUGCCUGGAAUCAGGACGAGCCAUUUGUCAUCGAUUAGCGCGGCUGCCAGCACUUUUCGCUGCCGCUUUUCAUGGAAAAGGCUGUAUGUCUAGUCAGAAUGAUUUCCAUCUUUCGCCCACCUGUUCCUUAGGCGCUCGUGUCACUUGUGCCGCCACUACGCUCAAUCAGCAAGCAGUUGGCGACUCGGAUCAUGCUACUAAAUCGGAUGCCGCUGUCGUCGAUGUUCCAAGCCUUGAGUUAGGGCUUCUAUUGGCAAGAUCAACCGGCUCAGCCUGUGAUUCGUCCAGUGAGCAGUUAGUAGCCAGGGCUUCUGAAGUGUCAAAGAAUGAUAAUUUCACGAGACCAAGAGCCUGCACUCCUAGCACUAUGACAUCUCAUUUUGACAUAAUGAUGCCAACAAUGCAGCAAGAGCCGCAUCAACAGAUCGCUUAUCAUCUUAUGCCUUCAAAUAAAAUGGUUUCUGACACAUCUUCGUCUUACCCGUCUCAGCAGGCUGACUGUAACCUCACAAAUACUUCGCAAACUUUCUCGUCAGCUUCUAAGCCUAAUUAUUGCCCUCUUCUGAAUACACACAAUGUUAAGCCUAUUAGCUCCGCCUGCAGAAACAACAGUAACUAUAACACAAAUAUUGAUACAUUUACUAGCGAGCUGAGUUCUCUUCCUGCUAUGAUUGAUGCAAAUGUAGACAAUAAUGGAGCUAGCCAUAUAUCGAAGGCGGUGGCCCAAGGUGUUUUGAACUUGGGAUUGACUCAAAGUUUGCCAUUUUCGAUUGAGAGUGGUUUGGAUGCAUCUUUCCAAUCAGCAGUGAUUCAUGAAAACCAACGUUUCAGCUUAUCUGACCGCUUGAUGCCAACUUUGCCGGAGCUAGUCGAGUUUAGUGGAGCUAUAUCACUUGCAGACCCCGGGUCCAAUGCAUUCUCAUGUAGGAUUUACAUAAAUUUCUUUUGCUGCAAUUGCAGAGUUAUACUUUAUCGCAGAUGGUAUUGA